AUGGGAUCCACUCCCUCCUUCCCUCGAGUGUCUAUCCCGAAGGAUAACAUUUCAGUGGUUACUGGAGGAAAUGCAGGUGUAGGCUAUCAUACUGCUAAAUGGCUAGCCAUGAUGGGAGGUACCGUUAUCAUUGCGUGUAGAUCUGAGGAGAGAGCUAAACAGGCUAUACAACAAAUGAACCAGGAAUUUGCAGAGGAAAAACAAAAGAAGACACCUGGGGUCGUUGACUAUGAUGCACUGAAUCUUGAAUUCAUGCCACUAGACUGCAAUUCACUAAAAUCAGUGGUGAAUUUCGCACAGGUGUACAAAUCAUCGGGCAGGAAACUACAUAAGUUGAUAUGUAACGCUGGUAUCGGCCUUCAGGACAAGUUAUCCCACACAGAAGAUGGCCAUGAGCAGAUUUUUCAGGUGAAUUACUUAAGUCAGUUCCUGUUGGCAUCACUUCUACUGCCGGUAAUGAAAACAUCCGGUGCGGACUGCAGAAUAGUACUGGUUUCUAGCUUGGCCCAUGAAUAUACUCACUUCGAUCCUACGGAUAUCGAAGGAAAGAAAUAUUCAGAACCGAAGUAUGACACCGGGGAAAUAUACGGCAGAUCAAAACUAUACCAGGUAAUGCAGAUGUACCGGUUGAAUCAGGCUAUUAAAAACACUGACGUAGCUGCCUUAUCCCUACAUCCAGGCUUUGUCAGAACGCCCCUCCUUACUACUUUCAGAAGGGGACCCGCAAGGGUUCUGUUGGCCUGUUUGGAUUGUGUUGGCACAUCCAAGAGUCCAUUUGAAGGAGCAUGGACCUCACUAAAUGCGGCUGUUAAUCCGGAACUGGCUGGAGUACGAGAUGUCUACUUCUCCGACUCCAGACCAAAAGAACCGACAUCAGCUGCCAAAAACAAAGCAUUCCAGGAGGCUCUUUGGGAUUACACUCUGGAAUGUCUCAAAGAUUAUCUCCCAGAAGACAUCCUUAGAGAACUAAAAUAACACCUCUGAAAGUAGAAAACCUGAAGGACGAUAUCAAUCAGAAGAAAAAUUCUCCAUCGGAAUACAUUUGAUCUGAAACUUUCUAUCAUAUUUAUACACAAAUGCUGUGCUUUGUGUAAC